UUUGAAACGAGAUCAAAUCAUUCUCCAUGUGGGAAAAGUAGGCAAUAAUUGUGACAGCAAAUUGUACAAUUAUGCUGACUAAAAUGAAUUUAUACAGUCCUAUUUCGCUUGUACUUUUUCGAGAAUUCACUGUUAAGACUAGACCACUGGUUUGUAAGUAUCAAGUAGUUGUGGUGCGGAAAUUAUGGACAAGCGCCUGUUGUAUGUUUCCAAGGUCAGAGCAUUUUAAAUACGUUGGGACUGCUGGAGAAACACCAAAGCAAAUGGCUGUACUGGCGAAAAAAGCACGCAAGAAAGAAAAAACUAAACGAACUAGAAAUCAGCUAGGGUCAAUACUGGAUGAAAAAGUUAAGGCAGAUGAAAUGCAAGAAGACAUCGAAGAAAUUGUAUCUGCUGCGAGAAAAAGACUUCAUUUGGGUGACAGCCAGAUUUCAAGUCUGCAUUUAGGGAUCGAUUAUUUACUAUCUCAAAAAAUACCAUUCAAUGUCGUAAAAAAACUCUGCAGUAUUUCUCCAAAAACAAUAGCACAGGACAUGGCUAUAUUGAAGAAGAGAAUUACUGCCUUCAAAGUUAACUCAAUGUAUGAAGACUCCAUGACAAAGAUUUUCAAAAAGAACCCCAAAAUUUUAUUGCUCAAACUUGAGGACACAUUGACAGUAAAGGUUGAAGCAUUAAGGAGACUUCCCUUGGGACUGUCACUUGAAGAUGUCAUCGGCAUGGUGGUUCGUUGUCCAGAUAUCAUUGAGUAUCUAAGUACUGACAAAAUUCUGGAGAAGAUCAGUUUUUUAGAGAAAGAUAUCGGUUUUAACAAGAAACAAGUGCGAAGAAUAAUGAUAAAGAGCCCAGCUGUAUUGACAAUGAAAAUGAGCAAUGUUAAAGAAAAGACAGAUUUUUGUGUUAAGAAUUUCAAUGUUGAUCUUGACAAAGUUGCAAAGUACCCAAGGUUGUUCCAAUGUCCUAUGGAAAGAUUUAGACAGAGGCAUGCAUUUCUGGAGCAAGAGGGAUUAGCCGGUGAUGAUAUCAAAGUGAAGGGAUGGGCAUUUAAAGCCAUCGCUGCCAAUUCUGAUGUUUACUUUGCUGACAAAAUUGCUCAGAGACCACUGAAGAAGUUCAGAGAUUUCCAAGAAAAGUGGAGGGUACAAAAUGAAUUGAACUCAAAAUUAGCAAAAAACCAAUAAACUAAAGAGCAAAAUACAGGAUGUAGCUUGUCAUAUAUUUUUCUAAUACAGAUGUUUCAAAGUAUUUUCAAUCUGGGUUUGCAGAUUUAAAGCAAAUGUCAGUUUUUUCAAUGCUAGAUUCUCAAGAAAUAGCUCAAGAAAAAAGGGUUUCUUUGAAAAAUUUUUAGUACCCUACUUCUGUUGGUAUCUUCAAAAAAAUGGCAUCACUCACAGACAUUGCUCAUCUGCUUAUAGUCCACUUUCUGACAACGUGUUUUGCCUAAUUUUUAGAUUCUUAUAAUGAAUAAGUGUUUAAUUUGGCUGACGCCCUAUGUUAUCUGUAAAGUCAUCACUUCCUUGAGAAAUAAAAAAAUUUCACUUA